AUGGUUAACCUUUCGCUGUACGCAAUACAGGGUGUAUUAAUUUUAGACAACGAAGGGAAGCGUGUUUUUACCAAGUAUUUUCAUCCUCCUCAUGAACCAGUUAGUGAUGGAUGGAGCUUCUCUACUGUUAAGAAGCAGAAAGAGUUCGAAGCAAAAUUAUUUAAGAAAACCUAUAAGAAGAAUGCUGAGAUUUUAAUUCUAGAGGACCGCUUAGUGCUAUAUAAAGAGUGCGCUAAUGUUAUUUUAUAUGUUAUGGGAUCGCUUGAAGAAAACGAAAUUGUGCUUCAGGAUACGUUAAACGCUAUUAAAGUAGGCAUAGAGGUUGAAUUGAAUACUGAUAUCGAUAAGAAGGCCAUUCAGGAUAAUUAUGACGUUGUUUGUCUUGUAGUGGAUGAAGUUAUUGAUGAUGGCAUUAUUUUAGAGACGGAAUUGCGGACCAUAAACUCUAGAGUUACCAAAGCCCCAACAAAUGAACCUACGAUUACAAUUGAUCUAUCAGAGAAGGGUUUGUUAAGCGCCUGGGGGUUUGCGAAAAGUAAGCUUGCCGAGACUUUACAGCAGGGAUUGUAA